UGUUUUGAUCUUCACAUUUUUAUCUUUGUUCCCUCAUGGAAUGCCGGGGGGAGUGGUUGGUCCUCCCUGUCUUGAAACUGAGCAUAAUCUGAAACUGAUUAAAAAGUUUCAAGUUCAUUUAGACGUCUCGUGUUUCUACUGUCUUGUUAAUGAGAUGGAGGCAGCAGACUGGAGUGAAAUAAUAAAAAAGCCUUCAGGAGAAGUCCAGUAGCACCUUUUGAUAAAUAAAACGCUUAUUUUUUUCUUCCAUUAUAUUUAUUGGAAUUUUGAAUUAAGGGAGUGCACAUUUGAAAAAUGAGAUUUUCUGUUACUUUGCACAAAUUUCCAUUAUAGUUUUACAUGUCUUAGGAAAGAGGGGACAAACCUUUAUUCAGUCAGGUUUCCAUUCAUGUAUUUUCUGUCACAACUUAAACUAAGGCAAAUGUCGUCAGCAGAAAGUAACCAGUAACUAAUCUAGUAUUGACUGAUGCCCACACACCGUGGACUCCCGUUGCUCCCUACGUGUCCAGCUUUUCCGUGUGGUCACACUUUGCAACCUGUGCUGGUCAGCGUGGAAAUGACGUGCGUCUCCGCGGCCCAUAAAGGAUGGACUGUCCCGUUGAAACGCGCAGAGCCAGAGGCGUGGGGCCACGGGAGCAUCCGCACAUCGGCCGUGCUCUUUGGGGAGGACGGUGACAGAACACCCCAUCUACCGGAGGGGAAACCGGAGCGCGCCGGAGACGGUGACGGAACGGACGCCCAUGUGAGCGACGCGCGGAGACGACUCAGGUGCACAGAGACGAACUGCACUGAGGAUGCAGAAGUCACCGGUGGAAGAGGCGAACUUUCUCUCCAGGUUUUUCUUCUGUUGGACAACACCACUGCUGAGGAAAGGCUUCAAAAAGAAGUUGGACCUGACAGACGUGUAUAAGGCUCCUUCUUUCGAUCUGGCUGACAACCUCUCUGAGAGACUCGAAAGAGAAUGGGACAGAGAGGUGGCAUCUGCCAAGAACAAGCCGAAGCUGAUGAGAGCUCUGGCCCGGUGCUUCUUUGGCCCCUUUGCCAUCUAUGGUGUCCUCCUUUGGCUUGGGGAGGCUUCCAAGACAGUGCAGCCACAGCUUCUGGGUCGAAUCAUUGCCUCGUUCGACCCCUUCUUUGCUGCAGAACGCAGACAGGGAUAUUUUCUGGCCCUGGGCCUCUGUCUCCUCUUCACCGCGCGCUUCCUCCUGCUGCAGCCGGCCAUCUUUGGCUUGCACCACCUGGGCAUGCAGAUUCGAAUUGCCAUCUUCAGUCUCAUAUAUAAGAAGACCCUGAAGUUAUCCAGCCGAGUCUUGGAUAAGAUCAGCACUGGUCAGUUGGUCAGUCUGAUGUCUGCACACCUCAACAAACUGGAUGAGAGCCUGGGUCUGGCCCAUUUUGUGUGGAUCACCCCCCUGCAGUGCAUACUGUGCGUGGGUCUGAUUUGGGAGUUGAUCGAGAUGUACGGCUUGUGUGCGCUGGCCGCUCUCACUCUGCUGGGUAUCAUACAGGCCUGGUUGUCGCAGAAGAUGGGUCCCCACCGGGUGAAGCGUGCAGGACUGAUCAGCCGCCGCCUGGCUCUCACCACUGAAAUUGUGGAGAACAUUCACUCUGUGAAGGCGUAUGGGUGGGAGGAGGUGAUGGAGACCAUCAUUAAGAACAUCAGACAAGACGAGAUGACGCUGACGAGGAAGAUUGGUUCUCUGCGUUACUUCUACAGCGCUGCAUACUUCUUCUCCGCCAUCUUGGCUAUCGUGUCAGCGAUCGUACCCUAUGUCUUGACUCAAUCUAUCAACCUGCGCCGUAUCUUCACCACAGCCUCCUACUGCAUGGUGCUGAGAAUGACGCUCACGCGCCAGCUGCCAGGAUCCAUACAGAUGUGGUACGACACGCUGGCACUGGUCCAGAAGAUUGAGGAGUUCUUGAUGAAAGAAGAAUACUGUGUGCUGGAGUACAACCGAACCACCACCGAAGUGGAGCUUGUCAACGUGUCUGCAUCAUGGGAUGAGGGCAUUGGUGAGCUGUUUGAGAAGAUCAAGCAGGAGAACAAAGCAAACGGACACCCGAACGGUGACGCCGGCAUCUUCUUCACCAACCUGUACGUCACACCCGUCCUGAAAAACAUCAGCUUGUACCUGGAAAAGGGCAAGAUGCUGGCAGUAGCUGGAUCCACCGGCUCAGGAAAGAGCUCCCUGCUCAUGAUGAUCCUGGGUGAGCUGGUGCCAUCAGAGGGGACCAUCAGACACAGCGGGCGCAUCUCCUUCUCACCACAGACAGCGUGGAUCAUGCCUGGAACCAUCCGUGACAACAUCUUGUUCGGCCUGACCUACGACGAGUACCGAUACACGUCUGUGAUCAAGGCCUGCCAGCUGGAAGAGGACUUUGCCCUGCUGCCUGAGAAAGACAAGACGCUCCUUGUGGAGGGAGGGGUCACGCUCAGCGGCGGCCAAAGGGCUCGUCUCAGCCUGGCCAGGGCUGUGUAUAAAGAUGCUGACCUGUACCUCCUUGAUGCACCUUUCACCCACCUGGACAUUGUGACAGAAAAAGAGAUCUUUGAGAAGUGCGUCUGUAAACUCAUGGCCUCCAAGACUCGUAUUGUGGUGACGAGCAAACUGGAGCAUCUUAAACGAGCAGACAAAAUCCUCCUGCUGCACAAUGGAGUCUGCUACUUCUACGGCACCUUCUCAGAGCUGCAAGCUCAGCGUCCUGACUUCAGCUCGCUCCUCCUCGGCCUGGAAGCUUACGACAACAUCAACGCGGAGCGUCGCAGCUCCAUUCUGACAGAAACUCUUCGCAGAGUCUCCGUUGAUGAGACGGCCAGCUUCCGGGGCCCAGAGCCCGUUCGCCAGUCGUUCCGCCAGCCCCCGGCGCCGCUCAUUCUCUCUGGACCCCCGGGCCAACCUUUAAGUGAUGGCUAUCCAGAAAAACGCAAGCAGUCACUCAUCCUGAGUCCCCUGGCAGCUGCCCGCAAGUUUUCCUUUAUCGGGAACUCCCAGCAGAGCGCUGCCACCCCCCCGGCCCCACCACCAGAGAACGGGGUCUGUGAACUUCCCGAAAGGAAAUUCUCUGUGGUCCCUGAGGAUGAUCAAGUGGAGGAGGUUCUCCCCAGAAGCAACCUGUUCCACCACGGCUUGCAACAUCUGAAUGGGCCACGGCGCCAGUCUGUUCUGGCAUUUAUCACCAACGCUCAGGGCCACGAGCGCAGGGAGCAGAUGCAGUCAUCCUUCAGAAGGAAGCUGUCGGUCACGCCUCAGUGUGACCUGGCGACUGAGCUAGACAUUUACGCCCGCCGCCUGUCCAAGGACAGCAUUUACCACAUUACUGAAGACGUGGAUGAAGAAGACAUGGAGCAAUGUUUCGCUGAUGAACACGACAACAUCUUUGAAACUACCUCAUGGAGUACUUACCUACGCUACGUCACUACAAAUAGGAGCCUAGUCUACGUUCUCAUUUUCAUCGUUUUCGUGUUUGUUCUUGAGGUUGCUGGUUCGGUCAUUGGAGUUUUCUUUAUUACUCACCAAAUCUCCAGUGACCCCGCCAAUCGUUCCCCCAACCAGCUCAUCCAGCAGCAGUCCAACUCGUCAGUCCAUGUGUCGGUCAUCGUGACAUACACCAGUGCGUACUACAUCAUGUACAUCUUCGUGGCCACGUCAGAGAGCGUGCUGGCUUUGGGAUUUUUAAGGGGCCUGCCAUUAGUACACACGCUUCUCACGGUGUCUAAAAGACUGCACGAACAGAUGCUGAGCUCUGUGCUGCGAGCCCCGAUGGCCGUGCUGAACACCAUGAAGACGGGCAGGAUCAUGAACAGAUUCACCAAGGACAUGGCAACCAUAGAUGACAUGUUGCCUCUGGUGCUCUUUGACCUCAUACAGCUCACUCUGAUUGUUACUGGUGCCAUCUUUACCGUGUCAAUUAUGGAGCCAUACAUCUUCAUUGCUGCCAUCCCGUUGGGUGUCAUCUUUGUUAUCCUGAGGAAGUAUUUCCUGCGAACAGGGCAGCAACUCAAACUACUAGAAGCUGAAGCUCGUAGCCCGAUUUUCUCCCACCUCAUCAUCUCGCUGAAGGGCUUAUGGACCAUACGGGCAUUUGGGCGUCAGACUUACUUUCAGAUGCUCUUCCACAAGGCGCUGAACACUCACACGGCCACUUGGUUCCACUACCUGGCUACACUGCGUUGGUUCCUCUUCCGCUGCGACAUGAUCUUCGUCCUGUUCUUUUCUGCCGCUGCCUUCAUUGCUGUGGGAACCAACCAGAACAAACCGGGCGAGAUCGGCAUCAUCGUCGCUCUGGCCAUGCUGAUCCUGGGGACGUUCCAGUGGGCUGUCAUCACCAGCAUCACAGUGGACGGACUGAUGCGUUCGGUGGAUCGAGUGUUCAAAUUCAUUGACCUGCCCUCAGAAGAGCCACUGCUGGGGAAAUCCCGCGGUAAAGGAGGCCCCGACCUUGUCAUUGACAACCCUCACGCCCAUGACUGCUGGCCGAGUCACGGCCAGAUGGACGUCCAAGGCCUGACCGUCAAAUACACCGAGGCUGGACGCGCUGUCCUCAGUGACAUCUCCUUCUCCGUGGAGGGCGGCCAGAGUGUGGGUCUACUGGGCCGAACUGGUUCAGGUAAGAGCACCCUGCUGUCAGCGCUGCUGCGUCUCGCCUCCACAGAUGGAGACAUUUCCAUCGACGGCGUCUCCUGGAGCUCCGUCUCUCUGCACACCUGGAGAAAGGCCUUUGGAGUUGUCCCACAGAAAAUCUUUAUUCUGACUGGAACUUUCCGGAUGAACCUGGAUCCCCACGGUCGUCACAGUGAUGAAGAGCUAUGGAGGGUCGCUGAGGAGGUGGGUCUGAAGUCAGUCAUUGAGCAGUUUCCUGACAAGCUGGACUUCCAGCUGGAGGAUGGAGGCAACGUGUUGAGCAACGGACACAAGCAGCUGCUCUGCCUCGCCCGCUCCAUCCUCAGCCAGGCACGCAUUCUGCUUCUGGACGAGCCCUCGGCGUACCUCGACCCCAUAACGUUGCAGGUUCUACGGAAAACGCUUAAGCACGCGUUCUCUCGCUGCACCGUCAUCCUGUCAGAACACAGAGUGGAGCCGCUGCUGGAGUGUCAGUCUUUCCUGAUGAUUGAAGGCAGUUCCAUGAAAAGCUACGACUCCAUCCAGAAGCUGUUAAAUGAGACCAGUCACCUGAAGCAGGCCAUGAGCCCUGCAGACAGACUCCAUCUCUUCCCACCACUUCACCGCCUCAACUCCAGCAAGAGGGCGCCGCCGCAGACGGGCAAGAUCUCAUCGCUGCCCGAAGAAGCCGAGGACGACGUCCACGACACUCGCCUCUAGUCGGCCACACACACGGACACACACGGACAUAAAACCUGCCUGUUACACAAAGUCAGACCGUAAUGUCCCAAAUUUUUUAAUUUUAAUUUUUAUAUUUUAUCAAACCAAUGUACUGUAAUAAUUCUUAAUAUAAUUCCUGUAUGGAUGGAUGUGAUAACCCACAAUAAAUAGGACAUUAAUAAUAACA